UUGAAGUGUAACUGUGUAAGAACAAAUGAUAAAAGUUAGCAGUUUGAGGGUUUUAGAGCUCUGCGAAUUCCCUUCCGUUUCAUCAAGAAUCAUCGAUAUUUCUUUCACUUUCAGGGUGAUUCUGGUAUCGGGGAAAUGUCUCGGAUUUAUGUCGGGAAUUUGGACCCUCGAGUCUCUGAGAGGGAUCUCGAAGAUGAAUUUCGUUUGUACGGUGUUCUCCGGAGUGUUUGGGUUGCUCGUAGACCACCGGGAUAUGCAUUUAUCGAGUUUGAUGAUAGGAGGGAUGCACUUGAUGCGAUUCAUGCCUUGGACGGAAAAAAUGGCUGGCGGGUAGAGCUGUCUCAUAAUUCUAAGGGUGGUGGAGGCCGUGGUGGGCGUGGACGUGGAGGUGAGGACCUUAAAUGCUAUGAAUGUGGUGAACCUGGUCACUUUGCUCGAGAGUGUCGCCUGCGCAUUGGUUCAAGGGGCCUAGGUAGUGGAAGGAGACGAAGUCCUAGUCCUUAUCGACGUCGUAGAAGUCCAAGUUAUGGGUAUGGUGGCAGGAGUUAUAGCCCUCGUGGGAGAAGAUCUCCAAGACGACGUAGCAUAACACCUCCCCGUGGUCGCAGCUACAGCAGGUCCCCUCCGUACCGUCGUUCUCGCCGUGAUUCACCUUAUGCCAAUGGAGAUUAAAAUCAGAAUGUGAUUGAAGGCAAUGCUCAAUAAUUGUUAGGAAGGCCUCACUGCUGUAGUGUAGUUCCUCUAGGAUUGGUUGAGCAUACCACGGACAUGUUAAGUAUGUUGAUGUCAUGAAAAUGGGUCUUGUUAGGAACAUGGAUUUUGAUGGCACUUGCAAAGUGCUGUGGCCGCCAAAAGGGUGCGUUGGACACUGUUUUUGCGACGGCUGUCACUUCAGCUUACUGAAACCUGAAGGUUGCUUUAGUCUUUCCCAGUUCAUAUAGCAAGUUAUGUUAAUUGUUUGUUUUUAGUCUUACUAAUCCACUGUGGUACAUAUUAUAUGUUUGCAUUAAAGGUUCCUAAAAUGUUUAUGUUUCUUUGUUUUGAGGUGUGAUUAUGGGCCAAAACAGCAUCGUUUCACCACUUACUGCAUCUUGUCUGCUUCUCUGCUACAUCAUGCCUCUACUUCCGCCACUUCAUCUUGUCUGCUUCUCUGCUACAUGCCUCUACAAUCAUCUCAUCUUGUUUCUUCUGCAUAUAAGUUGACUAAAAGUGCAAUGUCUGCAAGUUGGUUGCGUAUGACCUUUUUAUUGACUCAGGAAAAGAAUGCUACAGUUGCAUCCUCCUUUUGAAUUGGAGAAGUCUAAAGGUGGAUGGAUAGUAUGUAGUUAUUGACUUGCUGCAUCUUCAUGAAAUUGAGUCAAAUUGGGCCAUGUUUAGUGAGUAGCUGCAUAUAGUGUCUGCUUCUCACCAUUCUGUGUAGUUAAAUUGAUGGUUGCUGCUUCUAAAUGUCUGCAUCUCGAUUAGAAUGUUUCUUGUUUCAUCUGUGGUCCGCAUGGUAAGCGCUUGAGACUGCAAUGAACAGCAUCUAGGUUGUGUUGGACACUUUUUGGGGUACUCUGCCACGGCAAUUCAUCUAUUAUCCAGUAAUGGAUACACAAGAACUUAAAUGAUGUAUGAGAUGUGAGAUCUGAAAGAUCGAUUCUAUUUAAAACUAAGCGUGCACAAGCCAAAUGUCUUCCAUUCUCCACUUCGUGCCCUUCGAUUUUUGUCAGCUUCCCUACUUGGCUGAUUAGCUUUUGCAUAGAAUUUUGUGUCUCUGUUAUCAUCAGCUACUGGGAUCUUUGGGUCACUACUUAUCUUCCGUCUGCAAUUUUGUUUUGCUGACUAUCGCUCGCUCUUAAUUAAGUGUAUUAACUCCAGUUGAUUGGCAGUAUUGAUUGCAUUGGAUGGUUGAUUUUGAGGAAUUCGGUGUCUCUUCCACCCCACCGCCCCCCAUUUUUUUUUUGUGGCGUUGUUGAAGUUACCAGUUUGCUUUGCUUUACUGCAAAUCAAUGACAUUUAGCACCGUGCAUGUCACUAUAGUUUUCUCUAUUAUAUUUUGUUGAUGCUGAUC